AUGACCGAGAACAACGAACGGGCGGAUGUUACUGUAGUACAACGCGAGGUCCCUCUGAUAGACCCUAGUAAUCAUGAUUUCAAGGGGGAAAGAUCUCAAUGGGCCAUUGACUAUGAGACUGCAUGCGAGGAUGGACAACUCGCCACUGUGCAGUCAAUGGUGUCGUCAAGAAAACAGACCCUUCUUUUCCUUCAUCCUGGCCUCGCUCAUGCUCCACGUGCUGGUCAAGUAGAGGUUGCCCAUUAUUUGCUCUCUGUUGGCGCACCCAUAUACUACGUGCGCCGCACGAUUCAAGGAUUCCCCUCCUCGAUGUUCUCGCACAGCAAGGAUGAAGACCGGUGUCACAUCAACGCAAGAGGCGCUCUCUAA